AAAUACGCCCUUCAAAGCAAAAAAUUCGAAUUCUUGUGUGGGACAUUACUCACAUCAACCAAUAUGCCAUAUGUUUGCACUUUGCCAUCAAGAUAUAUUUAUAUGAGACUGGAUUCCUAUGAAAAAUCAAUUACCACACCAUUACCACUAUCUUUAAGCAUAAUUCCCCUACUUAGCUUCCACCUCAAGCUAUAUCACCAGAUAACCCUAAUUAGAGACCUUUUCUUUUGGCCUAGCGUCCCUGACUAUAUAUACAUCGCCACUUGGGUCGUUUCUUUAGAAGCCAAAAAUCGAAACCAUGAAAUACAACGAGAUAUCCCAUUUCAGCCACCCCCAACACAAGCUGAAAUUUGAGUACUCUGAGGUGCCUUUCAAGUGUGACGGUUGCAAGGAGGUUGGUAUAGGCUCGCGCUACAAAUGCUCUGCCUCCUGCGACUUUGACCUCCACAUGCACUGUGCCUUACCUUCUACCACCAUCUCUCACCCAUUCUAUACCAAAUGCUCAUUCCAGUUCCUAUCCAGCCCACCUGGUAACGUGCCUAGGUACUGCAACGCCUGUGAGAAGGAUGUCAAUGGCUUCGUCUACCACUGCAACUCCUGCGGGUUUGAUCUUCACCCCUGCUGCGCCAAGCUACCUAUGGUGCUUAAUGACGGAGAAGUGAAGCUGUUCCUCUAUAGGAAGGUAAGUAGGGAAUUUUCAUUAUAUAAAUGUGCAACAUGACAAUAAGAUCAUGGAGAGUAACACUGUUGAAUAAUAUCAUGCCAAGUGUUAAAUUAUUACUGACUUAUUGCAUACCAUAUGAGAUAGAAUUAAGGGAAUAGUGGAGUCAAAUUUCAUAAUUUUUCUAGUAAUUUAGUAAAUUUGAAAGUAUUUC